AUGUCCACCACGGCACCUCCGACGCAACCGGCGACAACGUCGGCCGAACCGCCUGCUGUUCGCAAUGAGCGGCAACGAAAUGAGCACUAUCAAAUCAAGCAUAUCAAUUGGCUCGACACUUCCUCUGAUGGCCAAGGCGGCUACCGAAAGUCUCCCGUGCUGACCCAAACGGCGAAUGGACCGUGUCCUCUUCUUGCAUUGGUGAAUGCUCUUGUUUUGAGUACGCCUCGGGAUCUCGAGACCGCUCUGAUAACGACACUGCGCUCGCGAGAACAAGUCAGCCUCGGACUUCUAUUAGACGCGGUGUUUGACGAGCUAACGUCUGACCGGCGAGGCGACACAGCGCAGGCUCUGCCCGAUGUCAGCGAUCUUUACGCCUUCCUCCUUGCUCUGCACACCGGAAUGAAUGUCAAUCCACGAUUUAGCAAAGCUGGCAGCUUCGAGGAGACACGGGAGAUGCGAUUAUAUAGCACAUUUGGCAUACCCCUGAUUCACGGCUGGACGGCUCCAAAAGACACGCCUGUCUUCUUGGCAUUUCAACGCAGUGCACCGACGUUUGAGGAUGCCCAGAACAUACAAUUCAUGGAGGCGGAGUUGGAGGACAAGCUACGUCAAGAAGGGCUGAGCUUUCAGGAACAGCAGACCCUGGAAGACAUCGCGACCAUCAAGAGCUUCCUCCAAACGUGGCCCACUCAGUUGACGGAUCACGGACUGGAGAUGAUUGCGGGAUGUCUGAAGCCGGGUCAGAUUGCCAUUUUGUUCCGGAACGACCACUUCAGCACGAUAUACAAGGAGCCACAGCAUGGAGCGCUAAUGACACUCGUGACCGAUGCAGGAUACAGCUCGCAUGAGGAGAUUGUCUGGGAGAGUCUGGUCGAUGUCUCUGGCGCUGCAUGCGAAAUGUUCAGCGGUGACUUC